AUGAACACUUUUAAAAGACUUCGAAAACGAUUCACUGAAGCUGGUGGCUCAGCUAGACGAAGCGAAGGUGUAGCAGAAGGACGAGACGAAACGACGACGACGAGAAGGAAUGAAACCGGGAGCAGAGAAGUGCAAAAUCAUCAUCCAUCAGCGGCAACAGCCGCAGCAGCAGCAGCAGAAGCGCACCAAAAUCGACAACAACAUCAAGAUUCGUCGUUGAUUUCAGAGCCACCACGACCACCGCCACACCAUCUAGCACCGCAUGCUCCCAACGUUUUUCGUGACCCGUUCCAACAACUCCCAUCAACAAUCAGUGCUUACGUCCUUCUCAAACUACCAUUCAAACGGAGAACNAUUUUCUCGUGGUCAUAG